GGUGAGUGCAGGUGAGAGGGCAGAGGAGAGGGCGAGGGGUGGUACCUGUGCAGAUGAACGUGAGAGGGGUAGUGUGUGUGCACGUGAGAGUUUGAGCGAGUGCAAGGGGUGUAGGAAUGCAGGUGAGCGUGAAAGGGGUGGUACGUGUACAGGUAUGGGUGUGACGGGUGGGUGUGGAGGCGCAGUGUGCCUUGUUCCCUUCCCUCAACCCUGUCCCAGCGCAGCCUUGUUCCCCCAGCCGUGUCCCCAUCCCUCAUUCCUGUCCGCAGCCCUGUCCCCCCAGCCGCCAUGGAGGUGAGCCACUCGGUGAAGGAGCGCACCAUCGCCGAGAACAGCCUGGUGAUCCUGCUGCAGGGGCUGCGGGGCCGCGUCACCACGGUGGAGCUGCGUGACGAGAGCGCGGCCGCGGGGCUCGUCACCGGCGUGGACGCCUUCAUGAACGUGCGCCUGGCCGAGGUGACCCUGACGGACCGGCGCGGCGCCGUGUCCCACCUGGACGAGCUCUUCGUCACCGGCAGGAACGUGCGCUACGUGCACAUCCCCGACGACGUGGACAUCAGGGCCACCAUCGAGGAGCAGCUCCGGGCCAUCCACAGGGUGCGCUUCUUCGGGGGCCGUGACAAGGGGCGCAGGGAGUUCUCUCAGGCCAAGGACAAGUGAGGUGAAAGGGCAAGGAUGGACUCGGGAUGAACCUGCCCCUUUGAUGGACUGCCACACCAGACAUCCCGCCCAAGGACAUCCCCCCCAGGGACUCUGUGCUCUGCUGCUCCCAGGGCCGGUGCCUGUGGAGGAGCAGGGAUGAUUUUUGUAAUGAAUAAGCCCAAAUAACUGUUUAAAAGGC